GUUUUCAUUAGGUUGCAAUACUGACAUGUUGGUGCAUGGUUGAUUAAACAACCGAUACCUUAAUUUCUUUGCGAUCAGUUGUAGUUUCCUGCAUUUUUACUAAUUUCUACGUGCUGUAAAGAAAUAUUAAUUUCUUUUUCAUUAACAGAUCACUACCUGUCGGAUUACAUUUCUUAAUUUUCUUCAACGAUCAUUAGAAAAGUAAAAGGAAAAUGUAUGAUGUAUGGCUCGAUGGGCGCAUGUUUGGUUGUUUAUUUUGCCUCCUGGUUCUUCAGGCAAAUCUAACAAAUUCUAGAACUUCUUGGAGGCUUAACAUUGAUAAAGUUGUUAAAGCAACAGAUCUUGUAAGCACUAUCGAAGAUGAUCCGAUUUUCGAUAUUCUUGCCAGCAGUAUUAAUAUAGGCAAUGGACAAGGCUGGAGUAAAACUGCAGCAUCAGAGAAGCUUGAUAAAGUACAGGUUUAUUGUCACGAGUGCAAAAGUUUUGGUUCAGGCAGUCAAGAUCGACGAUUCAUGUCAUAUGCAUUGACGGAUGCACCAAAUUCUACGGAACCAUUUCCACUAUCGUCACAAGUAUCAAAUGAGCAAGUGAUAUGUACACCUGAUCAGCAAUGUGAAGAUGUAAUUCUUGAUUGUGGAAAACCAGUUAAUUUUACAUAUUAUGACAAUCUCAUUGGUGUUGCAAAUAGAAAUAAGCAUCCAUUGGUACCAGAACCUAAUGUUGCACUCAUGUUUAAAAAGAAUAAUGGUAAAGCUAUAGAUGUUGAUAUUGACUUAUUAGAGAAACGUUUAAAAAAAGCAAAGCGAGAGAAACCCAAAUCUGUUCAGCUUUAUAAUCAAAUCGGGAAUUUUUGGAGAAUAAAAGGAGAUGCACAAAGAUCAAUUGAAUGUUUUCGAAGAGCUCUUGCAGUUUCACCACAUAAUGCAGAAGUGUUACUGAAUUUAGCUAGAGUACUAUUGGUUUUGCAAUAUUUAGAUGAUGCAACUUAUUUAGCAAGGCGUUCUUUAGAAUUACAGCCUCCAGAUCGUAAUGCUUGGGAACAAUACCUAACACUUGGACAAAUAUUUAAGGCAUAUGGUCACUUCCAAGAAGCUGCUGUCCACUUGCGACAUGCUUUAGAAUUAAAACCUGAUCUUUCUGAUGCUGCAGAAGCUUUGAAAGAAGUGGAAUCAUUGCCUGCUGCUAGUAUACAUAUCUACACUCUUUUAAUUAUUAUAUGCUUGGUGCUAGGUGUAUUGUUAGUUGUUUUGAGUAGUGUGGAAUGUGACGAAGAUUCCACUUUGGUUACUGGACAACUACAACGUCCAGUUCAACGCCAUUUUAGUCGUGCAAUGGCCAUGCGUAGUUUGCGACUCAAUGUUGCACGUAAUAAACGCUGUUGAUGCAAUUCAAAUUCAAAUUCAUGAAACAUAAUGGAACAAGUUUUGAACUGUUAUAACAUGAUUUUUGUAGCAUUAUUUAUAAUAUGAUUUGUAAUAGUUAUUUAAAUGCACUAGUGGUUAUGUGAUUUAUUAUAUCUACAGAUAAAAAUAUACACCAUAGUACAUGUUGGCAA